AUGGCAGACACUCCAGAUUCCGUCUCAAUAUUCGCAGAGGGCACCUUCGAGGAGCAGAUAUUGGAUCUGCUAUCCUAUCUCGCCAAGGGCAGGUCAGAUGAAGAACGCGCUGCUUUUGUUGCACCCUUUCAAAAUGCUUUGAGAUCUGGUGAAGGAAAGAAGCCUAUCGAGGAAGAUGAGCUCAGGAGGAAGCUCAUCUUGUCAAAACUGUUGCCCGAGGUCAAAGGGCUAGGAGAUGGAUCGGACAAGGAGACUGAAGGAUUCUUUAACCUUGUAUUCGCCCAUAUAUUCUCCCUCCACCCUCAUGACUCAUCGGAAGCUAAACGAUAUAUCUCUGCUGUCCUACACAUAAUCUCUUCCUCGACCGAUCGUGUAGCCGCGAGAUAUCGCAUCCUUUCGAACCUUUUCAAUACGAUUCCACGAUCUUCGCCAUUGCGAUUGUCUGUAUACCAAGCUAUUCUCCAGCUCGCGACAACCACUAGCGACGUCGAGGUACUCGAACUCAAAAAAAUUGACGUCGAAAGAUGGUUAUCGGAAUGGGACAUCCCCGCUGAAGAAAAAUCCGCUUUCUUAAAGUCAAUUGUUGACGCUUAUGCUCAAGCUGACCAACCAACGACAUCUUAUGACUAUUCCCUUUCCUACGUACAGAGUCUUCCAGCAUCCUCAGCUGCCCGCGAACCCGCUACUCUGGAAUUAAUCGCAACCGCACUUCGACUGCCAACGGUGUUCAACUUUGACCCACUGUUCAAGCUGGAAGCUGUGCUCGCCGUUAAGGAUCAUGAACUUUUUUCUCUGCUCCACAUCUUCUUGAACAGUGGGCUCCCAGAGUUUAAGGCUUGGGAAUCAAGCCACCCAGGUGCCCUGGAAAAGUAUCAGAUCACGCCUUCUGAAUUGGAGCGUAAAAUCAGACUUUUGACCCUCGCCUCUCUGGCCUUCAGGCAUGUUGGACAAAGCCUGCCGUAUUCUAGAAUUGCGGAAGCUCUGCAAGUCGACUCUUCUGAGGUGGAGAAAUGGGUCAUCGAUGUCAUUCGUGCUGGACUUGUGUGGGGGAAACUCUCGCAGACGACGCAGAGUCUGCACAUUACUAGGGCCACUUCUCGUACAUUUGAGCGCGAACAGUGGCAGGUUUUGGAGAAGAGAUUGCUUGCAUGGAAGACCGGUCUAGCCAACAUUCUUGACGUUGUUGCAAACGCAAAAAGACAAGGUGGUCAGGUGGCUGCUUGA